AUGGUCAAAUGCCUCACUAACGUCGAAUCCAACACGCGCGAGAAGUAUGUCUUAUGUAUCAUAGCCAAUUUGCCUUCUAUUUUAACACAGUUGCAGAAUGAUCUAGAAGAGGUAAAGGCAUUGCUAGAAAAGGCCACUAGGAAGAGAGUACGUGAUGCCCUGACAGCUGAAAAAUCCAAGAUUGAAACAGAAAUAAAGAAUAAGGUGCAACACAAAUCACAGAAGAAACCAGAACUUCUUGACAAUGAAAAACCAGCUGCUGUGGUUGCUCCCAUCACAACAGGAUACACAGUGAAGAUCAGUAAUUACGGAUGGGAUCAGUCAGAUAAGUUUGUGAAAAUCUACAUUACCUUAACUGGAGUUCACCAAGUUCCUGCUGAGAACGUGCAGGUGCAUUUCACAGAGAGGUCAUUUGAUCUUCUGGUAAAGAAUCUAAAUGGGAAGAGUUACUCUAUGAUUGUGAACAAUCUCUUGAAACCCAUCUCGGUGGAAGGCAGUUCAAAAAAAAUCAAGACUGAUACAGUUCUUCUCUUGUGUAGAAAGAAAGCUGAAAACACUCGGUGGGAGUACUUAACUCAGGUUGAAAAAGAAUGCAAAGAAAAAGAAAAGCCAUCCUAUGAUGCUGAGACAGAUCCUAGUGAGGGAUUAAUGAAUGUUCUAAAGAAAAUUUAUGAAGAUGGAGAUGAUGAUAUGAAGCGAACCAUUAAUAAAGCCUGGGUGGAAUCAAGAGAGAAGCAAGCCAAAGGAGAUACAGAGUUUUGAGACUUUCAAGUCCUUUUGAGAACUAUGAUAUGGAAAUACUGAUAUUUCCAAUAAGGGAAUGUUGGUGAGCUGCACAUAGAAAUUUGACAGAUAGCUACAAAGCCUUCAAAGUCAAGGCAGUGACUUCUCCAUUUCUUACUGGAGGAUUUAUUUAAAUAAGAUAUGCGUAUUAAGUACUUCCUCCAAAGAUGAUUCCAUUAGUACCCUGGUCAUUUUGUUCAUGAAAGGGUCACAUGGUAUUCUCAUUAAAAUAUAAAAAGCAAGUCUUGCUUAAUGAAAACAAUACGUUAUGUAUAUUUUUGUUCAGCUAGGAGUUAGAAAACAAAAGUAUAUGCUUGCCUGUAAGUUAACAGAUGUCAGCUCCCACUAAUGUAAGAAUAAGAGUAAAACUGAAUUUUUGUAUAAAAUUCAAAUUUGUGCUUGUGCUUCAUAUUUGCUGUAGAGUGGAUGAUCUCCUAUUGCCAGCUUGAGCAGUGCAGAGAGCAGGGAUUACCAUGCACUAAUCCAAUCACAAAUGUUUCUAUCUAGAUUUAAAUAUAUUUGUUUAUGAAUAUAGAAAAAGUAAUAGAAAAACAUCUUCGUAUAGUGCCAUUUAGUAAGUUCUACCAUGGAUCAGAUAGCUUCAAAACUAAUAACCCUAAAGUAAAAAUAAUUUGAAAAUCCAUUUAUUCCUAUGUUCAAUAAAGUUGGAUUUUUAUGUAA